CGCGGAGGUUCUUCACCCAAAGGGACUCCUCCUCCCGCCUCCGCUCCUGCUCCGGCCGGGAAUAUAUGGAGAGAAUCCAGCUACGAUUUCCUGGAAGGAAUGGAUAAAGACAGGAAGAAGGAGAAGCAGCCCGAGGGCGGCGCCGACGGGAGCGGGAGCUACAGAUUCGAUUUCAAUCCGGCUCAGAGAGGCUAUACUACUGGAGUUCCGGAGGAUCCGAUGUCGAAGCUCAUUGGGCAGUUCCUGCACAAGCAGCAGGCGUCGGGGGAGUUCUGUUUGGAUAUGGAUUUGGAGAUGGCGGAGCUUCAGAACGGGAACGACAACAACAACGACGGUCUGCAUCUCGCUCCGGUUUCCGAGUCGCCCGUGUCGGUUCACCAGCGAGUCUCGUUUGAGUCGAGCGAGUCGAUUAGGAGGAGGCAGGCGAGCAGGUUCAAGGAGUCUCCAGGGAUUCAAUCGAACGCCGGGAGUCCUGCUGCUGGUGGCGAUGGAGGAGGAGGAGGGGAGGUUUUGAGGUGCAGUUCUCGAGAAGGUGUUGGUUCGUUUUCUAGCCGGUCGUCGUUUAAGAGGAAGUCGAAUUUGUUUAAGGAGAAGACGAAGUCGAGAUUGAUGGAUCCACCGCAGCAUCAGCAGCAGCCGGAGAAAUCCGGACGGAUGCCCGCCGGUAAGUUAAAUGGGCUAGGUGGAAAUUAA